UCCUUCUUAAUAAGUCUCCGCCACACUACAUAUACAAUACGACGAACCUGAGCACACGGCUAAAAUGGGGAUUCUAUGUCCUAGGUUUCUACUCUUCCGGUAGUCUGCAACCUUCUACGACCAUGUCCACACUAGCUUUCAUCUUCGGCUUUCUGGUGCUCCUAUACAGUAGCCUCGCACACGCUGCCUGUCCGGCUUUCAACACCAAUGCUACGCUACCGAACAGCCAAUACCCUCCAGAUCCAUUCACAUUCCUCUCCGGCGCCAAGGUAUCGUCGAAAGCGGACUGGCAAUGCCGCCGAACGGAGCUCGCAGCCUUGCUCCAGGAUAUCGAACUCGGCUCGCUCCCGCCAAAACCAGCCGUCGUCAAUGCCACUUUUGACGGACGCAGACUUACCGUUACCGUGGGAGAAAACAACAUGUACUCUUCUUUCGGCGUGACCAUAAAUCUCCCAUCAAAUCGCUCCAUUGCCGAUGGCCCCUUCCCCGCGAUUAUCGCCUACGGCGCGUCAAGCGUGCCGCUCAACGGAACGGGCAUCGCAACCAUCAUUUACAACAACGACCAGAUAGCAUCACAGACCUCCCAGAGCACUCGCGGCUCAGGCAUAUUCUACACCGUCUACGGCAGCUCUCACUCCGCCGGUGCGCUCAUCGCUUGGGCCUGGGGUAUCUCCCGCGUCCUAGACGCGCUCGAACUCCUCGGCCCCGAAACCACCGGCAUCGACCCCAAACACGUAGGCUUAACAGGCUGCUCGCGCAACGGCAAGGGCGUUCUCGUUGCCGGCGCCUUCGAGCCCCGCAUCGCACUCACCAUUACGCAGGAAGCCGGCGUCGGUGGCCCCGCCUGCUGGCGUCUGUACAAUCUGCGCUGCAAGACGCAACGCUGCAUCGGGAUUCCUGAACCUACUGACCCGUUCGACUCGCCCUGGUACCGCCGCGACUUUCCGCGUAACAUCGCCCAGAACUUCGCCGGUAUGCCGUUUGACCAGCAUGAACUCAUUGCGCUGCAUGCGCCGCGUGGUUUGCUGGUUUUGGAGAAUAACAUCGAUUGGUUAGAGCCUGUGGCGAGUACGGUGUGUGGGAAGGCGGGUGGAGAGGUGUAUAAGGCCCUUGGGGUGGGAGAGGCUUAUGGGUUCAGCUUAAGUGCGUCGCAUAAUCACUGUCAGUUUCCGAGCAAGCAGCAGGUUGUGCUUGAUGAGUAUCUAGGGAGGUACUUGUUGGGGAAGGGUGAGAGCGGGACGGGAGAGGGCGUGUUUGAGAGUGAGGCGGGGACGGAGGCGGAGAGGUAUGUGCACUGGGGUUGGAGUACGCCGGCUCUGGAAUAGGGAUAGCAGAGCAAUACAGGCUAGCUGUGGCGCGGGAGGAAGAAUUGAGUUGCCGACCAUGGAGUCCAACGAUUAAAGAUGUGCUAUUUCAACGAAAAGGAAGUAUUCGGGCGCGCAUGCCUCAUUCCCACCACUGCUUCGCGCUAUUGCUGAGUGUUCUCAAGAUCGAUGUUCCAUGUACUUAGCACAGGCAGUG